UAUAACACCUCUCUCUCUCUCACACACACACACACAAUAUCACUCAUGUUCUCACACAUAUAUACAAACACAUUGCUUCUCCAGCUUUUGCUUUGCUUCCUUCCUUACACAGCCUGUCAAGCCUAAAUUAUUAACUCAACAAAUAUGAUUCCAUUAUUAUUAUUUAAAAAAAAAAAUUAAGGUUGUUGCUUUGUUAUUGUUUCAAACCAAAAGUGUCUAAACUGCCAAUUGGCUUCAUGCUGUCUAUGACCUUUCCUCAAAUUCUCCAGGUGGUUCAGUGCUUAGAUUCAUCCGUCCUUAUAUUUUUAUUUUUAUUUUUUCCAACCAUAUGAUUCAAGCAAAAUCAUAAACAUAAUAAAUAGGUCACUUGUUAUAUUUGUAUUGGUUUAAUACUAUUGAGUUUAUGGAUAAAAAUGUUGGUAUGAAAGAAGAAGAUUUUCAAUGAACUUCAUCAUAGAAAGCUGCAAUUUUGCUACUUCUUACAACAGGAAUGGGAACAAAAAUUGAAUAUUCCAUAAAUCCUCUAGCACCCUCAAUAGACUGCAACAACUUUAGUACUGUAUGUGGUGUUGAUGUUUGGGAGUAUUAUCAGAACAAAGGAGUCAAAUUGAGUAACAAUCAUUGCAAUAUUAUUGGAGUUAAUAAUUUGCAAGUUCCAAUGGAUAGGAUUCUUGACAGAAGCUACAUAGACUCCAUCAGAAAGACAAUGCAGAUGCAUGAGGACAUCUUCAAGAACCAGGUAAAGGAGCUACACAGAGUAUACAAUGUACAAAAGGUGCUAAUGGAUGAGGUAAAAAAUGAAACCAAGCAAAAUAAAUAUUGGACCCCUAUGAAUGGCAUAGGCAUAAACCAUCCUUAUUUUCUUCAACAACAAAAUCAAGCAACACAAAUUUCAUUUAGCCAUGUCCAAAUUUUGAAAGAGGAACUAUACAUAAAAGAAAGAAGUGGAAGCUGUUCAGGAGAAAUAAUAAAAAGACAAAGGGAUUUUGAUCUUGAAAAGCCAGCUUCUGAGAGAGACAUAUUUAGUGGAGCAAGUGUUUGUGAUGAAGCAUUUCAAAGUUGUAAAAUAAGCAAUGAUGGUUGUGAUGAAGAAAUGGAAGUGGAUUUGACUUUAUGUAUAGGAAACAACCAAGAUAAUAAGAAGAAGAAGAAAAAUAGGUCUUAUUUGAUACCAUUAGGAUGCUCAGAUUCACCUAAUGGUAUGAAAAAUUCUUAUGUUUGUUUUCAAUCAGAUAGAGUUGGAGAUUGUAGUGAUCCUACUACACCAAUUAGCAGCUCUAGUGUCACAUUUGAUCAAGAUAAAAAAGGGCCACAUUGGCUUUCUCAAGGAUUAAAGCUUAAAUAGAAGCAUGGUUUUAAAUUGCGGCCGCAAUACAACAAUUUUAAAGGUCUCUGCAAUUGUGUCUGCAUAGCUCUGCAAUUGCGACCACAAUAUAAUGGUUUUAGAGGUCUCUACAAUGGUAUUGCGACUGUAAUUGUGCCCGCAUAGUUUGCAUUUGUCACAUUUUAUUGCACAAUAAAAGUUAAUAGAAUUACCGCAAUUUAAAACCAAGAAUAGGAGUUUAACUUGUUUAAUGUGUCCUUUUUACUUUACUCUAUAUUAUGGACCACUUAAUUUGUAUGGUUCAUGUGAACAUAUUCCUAGAUGAGUUUUUACUUUAUUCCAAUAAAUGGAUAACUUAUAUAAAUAUAUAUACUUUCAUUUGAGUGUC